GCAAAAGAUGGAUCUAUUUUCCAUAAUAGUAUUGCUGCAGCGGUGGGUAGGAGAACAAUCAAAGUAUUGUUCAAAAAUGCAUUUCUUUGUUAUCUCGGUUCCAGUGCUUCUCCUCUCGGUUUUCUUCUUGUUUAAGAUCCAUAGAGUUUGGUCACCAUCAAAACUUCAUAAGCUACCACCCUCUCCACCCAGGUUUCCGAUAAUUGGGAACCUUCAUCAGCUAGGUACUGUAGCUCAUAGAUCCUUCCGAGAUCUUUCUCAAAAGUAUGGUCCCUUAAUGUUCUUGUACUUGGGUCAAUCACCGACUCUCGUAGUUUCAUCUGUAGAAAUAGCUAAAGAGAUAAUGAAAAACCAAGAUCUUAUCUUCGCAAACAGGACUCCUACUGCGGCUAGUAACGCACUUCUUUAUGGAAGUAGUGAUAUUGUUUUUUUCAUCUUAUGGCGAAUAUUGGAGGCAAGUGAAAAAGAUUUGUGUUGUAGAGCUAUUGAGUCUGAAAAGGAUUCAAUCGUUUAAGCAUGUGAGAGUAGAAGAAGUCGAUAUUGUGAUCAAUAAGAUAGCUAGUUCAUGUUCUUCAAGUGUAACCGGUGCACAAGUAAUAAAUCUUACUGAAAUACUGCAAGCUCUGGCAAACAAUGUACUUACAAGGUGUACUCUUGGUGUUAGGUUUGAAAGUGCUCAUGGAAACAGAUUCCCUAAACUGUCAAGUGAUUAUUUGGAUAUGUUUUGCGCUUUUAGUUUUGGUGAUUUCUUUUUGUCGCUUGGUUGGAUGGAUGUUGUUACUGGACUGCAUAAUAGGUUUAAGAAGGUGAUUCAAGAACUAGAUGUCUUUUUAGAUCAAUCCAUUGAUGAGCAUUUACUUCGUCACUCCGAAUUACAAGAGGAUCAAGGUCGAGAUCAAGAUAGUGACAAAUCAGACUUGAUGGAUAUUCUUAUCCUUUCUCAGCAAGAUUAUAAAACUAAUCUCUCUCGUAAUAAUAUCAAAGCAAUACUCCUGGAUAUGUUUCUUGGUGGAAGUGAUACAUCGGCAAGAACAAUGGAAUGGGCAAUGGCGGAGCUUAUAAAGAAUCCGGAAGUGAUGAGGAAAGCACAAGAUGAGGUAAGGAGAGUUGUGGGAAAGAAACCUAAGGUAGAAGAACAUGACAUUAAUCAAAUGGACUAUUUGAAAUGCAUUGUCAAGGAAACAUUAAGACUACAUACACCUAUACCUCUUUUAACACCUAGAGAAACAGCAAAGAGUACCCAGUUAGCAGGUUAUGAUAUCCCUGCAAAAACAAAAGUUUUUAUCAACAUGUGGGCAAUCCACAGAGAUUCUAAAGUAUGGGACGAUGCAGAAGAAUUUCUCCUGGAGAGAUUCAUGAACAGCCAGAUUGAAUUUUUUGGUCAAGAUUUUGAGUACCUUCCAUUUGGAUCAGGAAGAAGAGGGUGCCCCGGCAUAUCCUUUGGCAUUAAUAUUGUCGAGUAUACUCUUGCCAAUCUCUUGUACUGCUUCAAUUGGGAGCUUCCAGACGGUGAAAAAGCAGACGAACUAGACAUGACUGAGACGUUUGGUCUUACUGCUAGUAAGAAAACUCCACUUCACGUUGUUGCGACAAUGUAUGCAUCACCUCAGCCCAUUGAAGAAGCAGAUGGCCGUCGUAACAGUGCUCCUAACUAAACCACACUCCACAGUGCGCAUUCAGUUAACCACCAUACCAUGGUAUCCCUUUGUUUUGAAUGUUGUGAAUAAUACCAAAUGCUUCCGGUAAAUUAGAAAUUAUUUCUUUGUGUGAAUAAUACUAUAUGUAAAUACUAUCGGAAAACAGACUGUAAUUAAGGAAAAGUUGUGUUCACCCAAAUUAAUGGAGAUGCUGUUCCUGAGGAGGAAUAAAUAAAGGCUGGGCAUGGAGGGUGUACAUAUGGAUAAAUCCUAAGUCGGUAAUGGUUGCGCCGUGGAAAACCUUGAUAUUUAUUCUUAAUUGAGUCUAGGUGAGUAUGUGAUUUGUGACUUGAGUACGUUUUCUGCAAUUCUAUCUUCAUUAUUUAUGCUUUGUGUAAAGAAAAAACUUAAACUUGGAGUAUAUGACCUAGCAGAUGAGCCGCAAGGGUUGAGAAUUGAUCUACAGUGCGAAUGGAGUUUGGAGCAUAUAUUGUGAGGACACAGUGCGCUCAUAAUGGUUGUUUGUGGUCUAUGUACCAUCAGCUGAUAGCAUU